CUCUCCCCACACAGUCGCUCCCCAUCCCGAACAUCAACUGCUUCCGAAAUGAGGUAAACCGACACCCGACCAAACUCUCUCUAAUCAGUUCUCCCUCCCUCCAAAGGGAAGUCUGAACAAUUAGGAGCUAUAGGGGGGCUUUGAGCUCGGUCCCCACACUUGUGCUCCGGAUAUGCAGCUUCACAUUUCUCCUAGCCUGAGGCACGUGACGGUGCUCCCAGGGAAAGGGGUGAGGGAGUUCAUCAACGUGAAGAUUGGGUCGAGGCGGUUGUCGUACCGGAUGCUGUUCUACAUGCUGCUGUUCUUCACGUUCCUCCUCAGGUUUCUGUUUGUCAUGACGGCCGUCGACAGCAUCGAAGGGGAGACCAAGUGCGCCACCAUAGGUUGUAUCGGCAAGAGAUUAGGGCCGAGGAUUCUGGGCAGAAAGCUGGAACCAAAUGUCCCAGAUGUAAUAUACCAAGUUUUACAACAACCUAUGACCAAGGAUGAACUCAAAGGAAGACCGGAAAUCCCGCAAACCUUGGAAGACUUCAUGGCCGAUAUCAAGGAAAGUCGGCCUGAUGCCAAAACCUUCGCCCUCAAACUCCGAGAUAUGGUAACUCUGCUCGAGCAGAGAACACGAACGGCCAAAAUCCAGGAAUACCUGUACCGCCACAUAGCCUCGAGCAGCAUCCCGAAGCAGCUCCACUGCCUCGCCCUGAAGCUUGCCAAUGAGCACUCCAGCAAUGCAGCAGCCCGCCAGCAGCUUCCCACAGCAGAGCUCGUCCCGGCACUCGUGGACAACUCCCACUUCCACUUCGUUCUCGCAUCGGACAAUGUCCUAGCAGCUUCUGUUGUCGCAACAUCGUUGGUCCGGAACUCGUUGCGGCCCCACAAGGUCGUCCUGCACAUAAUAACAGACAAGAAGACUUAUUCACCUAUGCAGGCAUGGUUCUCCCUCCACCCUCUGGACCCUGCAAUUAUCGAGGUCAAGGCUUUGCACCAUUUCGAUUGGUUUGCAAAAGGGAAAGUGCCUGUCUUAGAGGCGAUGGAGAAAGACCAGCGUGCAAGGUCAAAGUUCCGAGGGGGGUCAUCUGUGAUCGUGAAAAACAAUACCGAGAAGCCUCAUAUCAUCGCUUCUAAGCUGCAGGCUCUGAGUCCCAAGUACAACUCGAUGAUGAACCACAUUAGAAUACAUCUCCCCGAGCUAUUUCCAAGCCUGAAUAAGGUGGUCUUUUUAGAUGAUGAUAUUGUGGUUCAGACCGAUCUUACACCUCUGUGGGACAUCAACAUGAAGGGCAAGGUCAAUGGAGCGGUUCAGACGUGUCAGGGAAAUGAUAAGUUUGUGAUGUCAAAGCGAUUCAAGAGCUACUUGAACUUCUCCCAUCCCCUAAUAAGAAAGAGCUUCAACCCAAAUCAGUGUGCUUGGGCUUAUGGGAUGAACAUAUUCGAUCUAAAGGCCUGGAGGAAUUCCAACAUAAGCCUCACUUACUACCACUGGCUCGAACAGAACUUGAAAUCAGACCUCAGCUUGUGGCAACUUGGAACAUUGCCUCCGGGUCUAAUUGCAUUCCAUGGGCAUGUACAUAUUAUCGAUCCCUUUUGGCACAUGCUAGGCCUCGGGUACCAAGAAAACACGACUCUCACAGAAGCUAAGAGCGCUGGCGUUAUCCACUUUAAUGGCAGGGCAAAACCUUGGCUCGAGAUAGCAUUUCCGCAUCUUCGACCGUUGUGGGCCAAGUACGUGAAUUUCUCGGAUAAGUUCAUCAAGGGCUGUCACAUUAGGGCAUCUUAGAACUGAUAAUGAGAACGUAUCAACCUCAACCUCGGCGGAUGAACAAGAAGGCUUGCUGACAUGGAGAAUGAAAUGAAAGAGAGAGUUCUUGAUUUCUGAGUUCGAGGCCUGAGAUAGCAAGUGUAGAAGCAGAACAGCUCCGGGGAUCAUGUAAUUUUUUCAACACGUUAUUAUCGAAAUUCCCUUCUACUCUCUCGGCUCAAUUUCUAGGAAGAAGAACACUUCAAAUUCUUCGAAAAUAAUGCUAUGCUGAAUGUACGAGUACAGAGAAAAACUUAUUCAGCAUAAUAAAGACUUCAUUCGAGUUUAUGCA